GCUCUGGUCAAGGCUCCGCGGCGGCGCCGCUGCGCCCGCUUUCGCUCCUUGCCCGCUAGCUGGCCUCCAGCCGCAGCACCCGCGCGCCGCGGUCCCCGGGCCAUGCAGCGCUUAGCCAUGGACCUGCGGAUGCUCUCCCGGGAGCUCUCGCUCUACCUGGAGCAUCAAGUCCGGAUCGGUUUCUUCGGUUCGGGAGUGGGCUUAUCCCUGAUCCUGGGCUUCAGCUUCGCUUACGCCUGCUACUACAUGAGCAGCAUUGCCAAGAAGCCCCAGUUAGUGACAGGGGGUGAGAGUUUCAGCCGCUUCCUUCAGGACCACUGUCCUGUGGUGACAGAAACGUACUACCCGACGGUCUGGUGCUGGGAGAGUCGAGGACAGACACUGCUGAGACCUUUCAUCACUUCCAAGCCUCCGGUGAAGUAUAGAAAUGAACUUAUUAAAACUGCAGAUGGAGGACAGAUUUCACUGGACUGGUUUGAUGAUGAUAACAGUAAGUGUUAUAUGGAUGCCAGCACCAGACCUACUAUCUUAUUGUUGCCUGGCCUCACUGGAACAAGCAAGGAAUCAUAUAUCCUUCACAUGAUUCACCUUAGUGAAGAAUUGGGAUACAGAUGUGUGGUUUUUAACAACAGAGGAGUGGCAGGGGAGAAUCUCUUGACGCCAAGGACUUACUGUUGUGCGAAUACUGAAGACUUGGAGACAGUCAUUCAGCAUGUUCACAGUCUGUACCCUUCUGCUCCAUUCCUGGCAGCAGGAGUUUCAAUGGGAGGAAUGCUGCUUUUAAAUUACCUUGGCAAAAUGGGGUCAAAAACUCCUUUGAAGGCAGCUGCAACGUUUUCAGUUGGUUGGAAUACUUUUGCUUGCUCGGAGUCAUUGGAGAAACCACUGAACUGGCUGCUUUUUAAUUACUACUUGACAACUUGCCUCCAGUCUUCCAUUAAUAAGCACCGGCAUAUGUUUGUAAAACAAAUUGACAUGGAUCAUGUCAUGAAGGCUAAAUCCAUUAGAGAAUUUGAUAAGCGAUUUACUUCAGUCAUGUUUGGCUACCGAACAAUUGACGAUUAUUAUACUGAUGCCAGUCCAAAUCGUAGACUGAAAUCAGUAGGGAUUCCAGUGUUGUGUCUGAAUUCUGUGGAUGAUGUUUUUUCACCCAGUCAUGCUAUUCCAAUAGAAGCUGCUAAGCAAAACCCUAAUGUUGCUUUGGUCCUUACUUCUUAUGGAGGCCAUAUUGGUUUUCUGGAGGGAAUCUGGCCAAGGCAGUCCACUUACAUGGAUCGAGUCUUCAAGCAGUUUGUGCAGGCCAUGGUUGAAUACGGACAUGAACUCUCUAGCAUGUAGUUCUUCAGGUGCAUUUUAUCUAAACCACCAUAUAAAGGCAGCUCAGCUUACUGCACAAAUCUUACUGUAUAUAAAGCAAAUAAGCCAGCAGGUGGUGAAGAGGUCCAGAAUGACAUGCAAAAACUACUUUUUGGAGUAACAAAACAACUUUGUAGCAAGAAAUAAAAUAUAGAUUUAGACUGUAACUUAUGUAGAUUUUAUUUUUAC